UGCGAGAUAACGUCUCCUACAUGUUAUCUAGAAUAUGAUGGUAAAGUACGUGGUUUUUAAUCAUUUUUUUUCGUUAUCUACGAAACCAACGUGUUUAUUUAUAUAUGAAUUGAAUGAGCUUAAACUUCAGUAUUAUAAAAAUUUGGAAUAUUCAAUUGAAAAGACACAAGUAAACAUGACGAAGAUAGCAAUAACAUUGACCGUGAUAUCACUGAUUACGGGUUCAUCUGUGUUUGUGGUUGGUACAUAUUUCAUGGACCCCUGUCCUGCGCCAUGUCGCUGUUUGAAAUUCGGAGGCCUACAAUCUGUGUACUGUAACCAGACGGGUGUGCGCGCGGUACCCGAAGGGAUUCCUGCCAACACCCAGCUGCUUGAUCUGUCCUUUAACUCGAUAUCACAUAUCCGCGUGGGGGAUCUUGCUUACCUCGGAAACCUUCAGCAGCUAUACCUCUCACAGAAUGAACUGACGGAGACCAGCUUAGACGAACGGGCCCUAGAUCUACCAAGCUUGGUUACAAUUGAUUUGUCAUCAAACAAUUUUAAAACCAUCCCCACGUUUUUACCUCGUGGUUUACAAACCCUUUGGUUUUUAAAUAAUCAAAUUGAAGUUCUCCGAACUGGAGCCUUUGAACGAUAUUCCAGUAUUCUGUAUCUGGAUGUCUCUAACAAUGGGAUGAUGGCAAUUCAACCAGAGGCUUUUGCUCCAUUGACAAGUUUGCAAACGCUGUAUAUUUCUUUCAACAACCUCACAGACACAAGCUUCCCACCGAACCUGUUUGCGAAGAACACAAAUCUGACACAUUUGUCCUUACGAUUCAACCAGUUGACCUCUCUUCUCCUUAACCUGCCCGUGUCGCUGGAGUAUCUGGAUUACGUAGGUAACGCCAUCAGGACUCUGCCUGCGUACGGCUUCACGUCACUUCCUUCUUUGAAAGCGAUGGAGUUUUGGCAAGGACAGAUAACUUCCAUAGAAGACUUCGCGUUUUAUGGCCUGCCAAACGUGGAGAUACUCGACUUCAUGCAGUGCCAGAUUUCAUCUGCUUUAACAAAGAACACGUUUGCUGGACUCUCUGGUCUGACCACUAUAUAUCUGGACAUUAACCAAAUCAGUCAGAUUCAACCGGGAGCAUUUCACCCGCUAACUUCUCUCACCAAUCUGUGGAUGUCCGGAAAUAACCUGACGACACUUGAGCCGGAAGUUCUCGAUGCCAAGGACGUUGCGAAUCUGUCCACGCUGUACAUCGACUUCAACCCAUGGGAGUGCGACUGUCAGCUCCGCUGGCUUAGGGAGGGGAUGGACAAUGCCACCUACGUCAUACAGGACCCGCAUCUCAUUAAGUGCGCCUCACCUCCAAAACUGGCUGGCAAAUCAUGGGAUGAAUUAAAACCAGGGGAUUUUGUAUGUUGAGAAAAAACACAGUGAUUUGUAUAUUUAGAAUAAUUGUGACAACUGUAUACGCACACAUAAUUCAUGUAAACUUUAAUGAUUAUCAAUGAAUAUUUAACAUAACGCGGAAAUAUUGGACUGCAGUGUCAACGCAUUCCUACUCGAGAACAAACACACAACAGGAAAUUAUAUUUAGUAUCCAAAUGCCAUUCCGAUUAAGACAUUGUUUGUACUGAAACACAGAAAAAUGUUCGAUUGCAAUUUUUUUAAUUAAAACAAAAAGAAAAUUUGUAUUGUGCAAGAAAACUACUGUAUUUGAUUGUAUAUAUGUGUCUUUUUUGCACCAAUUGAAUCCUAAAUAGUAACUAACUUACAUCGUAUUACAUUUUUAAAUCUUUUCAAUGGGUAUAAACCUUAACCAGA